AUGAGUCAAAUAUAUGACAUGCUCGGUAUCAACAUUGAUAAAAUAAAGAACAAGAAGAAGCAGAAGGAGAAGAAAAGCAAACAGGAACUGAACUUUUUCAAAGAAAACGACAACCUGUUUUCGCUCCCCACCUCGUCAAAAACGAUAAACUUCAGUAACAAAAAUGUGAGCAUCUGGAGAUUAGUGAGCUUCAGGAACAAAUGCAGAAAAGAUGAUUUGAUUCUAAAAAAGUGGAAAAAAAUUGGAUACAAAAAUGACAAAGGUGAUAAGGGUGAUAGAGCUGAUAGAAGCGCGUUUGACGAAAACAAAGUGGAGGACGAUUACUCCUUCGAAAGAUUUAAUAAAAAAAUAAACAUCAUAAAGUACACAGACGAAUUUUACGAAAAAGAAAUAAAAAACUUGAAUCCAAAAUGGACAAAGGAAGAAACGGACUAUUUAUUCAAACUGUGUGAAAAAUAUGAAUGCCAUUUCGUCAUUGUACACGACGUAUAUGAUGGAAAAUACAAAAGAACCAUCGAAGAAAUAAAGGACAGAUUUUAUAGCGUGUCUAAGAAAGUUAUUGAAGAUCUGUUUGAUCAAAAAAUUAAGUUAGAAGAAGCGAAAAAAAUAAAAAAUAAUAGUGACAUCCUUAAGUUAAAAGAAGCAAAAGCGAAGCACCCACUCGUAAAAUUCACCUACAAUAUAGAGGCGGACAUCGAAAGAAAAAAUCUCAUUCACAAAACUUAUACAGUAUCUAAAAAGGACGUCAUGUUGGAAGAAAUGACAAUGGAAAAUAUUAAAAAAUUUGAAAACAAAAUUAAGCAGGAGUUGAAGAAGGCUUCGGAUAUGAAAAAAUUAAAGAAGAAGUUUGAGCUAACCACAGAGGAGAUAGUACCGAUAAACAAAUUGCCCGAGGAUGACAAGGAAGAAAAAAAUAUAUACAGCGCUAGAUACUUCUUUCAAAAGCUUAAAAUAGAUAUCUCCUACUUUGACAAAUUAGACACCUAUUUAAAGGAUAACGAAAUUGACAAGCCGACAAUCUACACAGAAAAUAUAUGCUUCCUAUAUGGCAUUUUACGAACCGACGUGGCGAUACUGCUAAAUUUGAGGAAGAAAAUUGAAAAGCUAAAACAGGAACGCGAAUUUUGGAAGAGCCAACUAAUGAGCUUGGAAGAGGAACACUUAAAAAAAAAGAACAAAGCGUGA